AGGAGACUUUCGAGGCAGGGGAGCGCUUCUGCGCUUGCGCAAUAAAACUUCCCUCAGGCGCGACGGCCGGGAAGCGCCCUAUUUGCGUCUGCGCAGCAGCCUUGUCACCGCUGAGGCGAGAAAAGGCGGCUUUUACCGCGGCGGCAGGAAUCGGAAGAGCCGACGGGGCUCCGUUGCCUCCGAGCGGCGCCCACUCGGGACGGGGAGGCCCGAACCGAGCCAGGCCGCCAGGGGGGGUGGGGGGCGUGGCCGCGCGUGCGUAGCAGAGCCCCCCGCGCAUGCGCCCUAGCGCCGGGCCUUCUGUGAGGCGUUUCCAGGCCGGGCCGGGCCCGGGCGGCGCCCUGGUGGUGAGAAGCGUCGCGGGAGGAGGCGGAGGCGUCGUCGAACCGGGCGGCACCAUGAGCGUCGGAGGCUCGGAUCGCAACGAGGAUUUCCACCAGCAGCUGCGGCUGCAGGAGCUCUACGAGCGGAAGGAGGGCGAGGCCGGCGACGAGCCUUUCACCUACACCGACCCCGCCGACGGCACCCAGUACGAGUGGGACCGCGACAAGAAGGCCUGGUUCCCCAAGGUCACUGAAGAUUUCUUGGCAACGUACCAUGCUAACUACGGCUUUCCCACCGAAGGCUCCGAUACCUCGGCCUCCGCUGCAAAGACUGACUCUAAAGCCGCACCGGGUUCCAAGGCUCAGCCGCCGGCAGAAGCCAAACCAUCGCAGCCGCUGCCCUCAGACCUUAAACAGAAAGGAGAGAAAAGAAAAGCCGAAGCAGGAUGGUUUCAUGUCGAAGAACAGAAAAACACAAAUGUUUAUGUGACAGGUUUACCGCCAGACAUUACAAAAGAUGAGUUUGUGGACGUCAUGUCAAAAUGUGGUAUCGUUAUGCGCGAUCUUCAAACGGAGGAACCAAAAAUCAAACUUUACAAAGACAAGGAAGGAAACCUUAAAGGCGAUGGGCUCUGUUGUUACUUAAAGAGAGAAUCUGUUGAACUCGCGCUGAAAUUGCUGGAUGAGAAAGAAAUCCGAGGCUACAAACUGCAUGUGGAAGUUGCCCAGUUCCAGCUUAAGGGGGAAUACGAUGCCAGCAAGAAGAAAAAGAAAUGCAAAGAUUACAAAAAGAAGCUCUCCCAGCAACAAAAACUGCUGGAUUGGCGGCCGGAGAAGAAAGGGGAGAAAGUGAGAUUGCGACACGAGAAGGUUAUCGUCAUCAGAAACAUGUUCCAUCCCAAUGAUUUUGAGGAGGACCCUUUAGUGCUAAACGAGAUCCGGGAAGAUCUACGGACAGAAUGUGAAAAAUUCGGUCAAGUAAAGAAAGUCAUUAUAUUUGAUAGGCAUCCGGAUGGGGUAGCCUCUGUAUCCUUCAAGGAAUCCGAAGAGGCUGACGUUUGCAUACAGGCGCUGAAUGGACGAUGGUUUGGUGGACGGCAGCUCUCUGUGGAAACGUGGGAUGGUACAACUGAUUAUCAGAUUGAAGAAACUUCCCGGGAAAGAGAAGAGAGACUAAAAGGGUGGCAAGAAUUUUUAGGGGAUCCCAACCAAGAACUGCCUAAAAAGCCACCGGAUGCCAAUUCUUCCGAAAGCGGCCCUCAAGCGGUCAAGAGAGACCCCCCGUCUCAAGAUAACGGGGCCCCCGAAGCCGCCGAGGGAGCAGGAGAUUGCCACAAAGGAGCCGGUGAAGAUGUCGUGGCGUCCACAGACAGCAGCAUGGCGGGCAGCGAUGACGAUGAAGAAGCAGAGACUUAACGCUCCUCACUCGCCGCUGGUCCAAGAGCAUGAUUGCGGGCUCCCCUCGAGGCCUCCCUUCCCCUCCCCCGAUGCAAAGUUUCAAGCUCCACUCCAAUCAAUGAAUAUAAAUAAAUAUAAAUAUAUAUAUGUAUAUGCGCGCACGUUUCCUUGUUAGGAUAUCACCAACGUGCUUUUGAGGUAUUGCAUUUAAAAGCAGUAUUUAGUUUGUGUGCGUGUGUGUGCGUGUGUGUGUGUAUAUAUAUAUAUAUAUAUUCAUAUAUAUUCAUGUCUGGCUGUGACUGAAGCUGCGUAUGUGUCAUAAGUUGCCAAGAAUCCUGCUGAACUGACCAGCUGUCUUAAAUUCCACUUUUGCUUGUCAGCGUUUGGAGCCCAUCCAACGUGUGAAGUAGGUGUAGAAACUCCCCAGUUUUCCCCCAAACGACACCAUAGACACCCCAGGUUUGAAAGCUUUUUGGUGUUUUUUGCUCCAAUGCCAGCCUCCUCCCAGCCUACUCAUACUCUUCCCCGUACAAUACGGAUUCUUGCCUGCCGUGCUUUCACCAGCAUGGGCUUGGAAUAGCUGGUUUUUCUGAUAAUUGAUUUAAAAAAAAAGCAGAUCAUUGAAGAUGUAUUCGCACUCCCCACAUCCGGGGGAGGUUCGAAAGAUCACGCUCCGAAGAUGCUCUUCUGGCGUGCGUAAAAAGUUCCUUGUGAUUCACGUCCUUUGUUCGUUUAUAGAAGUUCUGACGCUGAGGGAAGCUAGGUAAUAAACGGAGGGGAAAAGUCUGUAAAUGAGCUGACUUCUGAUCAUCUUUCUACAAAUUUUCGUUUGGAUUAUUAACUCGUCGGAAACACGCGGGGAGCAUAUGUGCGUUGGGAAGGGUGCGAUUCCUGCCUUGUUCCCGGUGUUUUAACUGUUCAAUUAUAGUUGCGUUUCGAGCAUUUGUCGAGACCGAGGAUACGAAGCCUGUAUUUUUUUAUACUGGAUUGAUUAUAGGAGACAACUACGAAUAAAAUCGUUUUGAGAUUCAUUCCCGAAAUUGUUUCGCAGAUUUUUUUUAAACAAUUUUUUUUGAUAUAAAGAUAUAAACCGCUCAAAAAUAGUCUUUCCCCCCCCUUUUUUUAAUCGCUGCUAAGACUUUGCCCAAAUUUACUUUAGUUAGUUCUUCUAACUAACAUGUUCAAAGAAGGAAGUGAUUGUUUAGGCCAUUUCAGGUACACUUUAAUGGGGGUACCUGUGCUUUUUGUCGUGGCAAUCAUAGCACCUGUGUUCUCCGUUUGCAUGCGAGAAAUUAGGAAAUUAGAUGCUUCACACCGAGUUUGCUGUUUUAGCUGAACGACGGAAAAAAUUUAAAUUGGGAUCUCCGUCUCGGGUUCAGUCAUUGCCCGAGACGGAUGAUUAUGCAAAUGAUUUUCUGUUGGCUCCAAAGGUAGCAACCCUAAAAGUGGAAUUUUUCAAGCUUUUAUCUCUUUUCGUUGGGGAGAAAGGAGACGGUCGGAGCCUAAAUUCAACUUGACAUUUCCCGAGGACAUUGUUGACUGUUGAGCAUCUCCUUGGACCCUUUAGGAAUCUGCACCAAUGGGAAAAAAAAAAAGCUCUUUUACUGAAUAAUCUUUUGUAGAAUAAAGCUAAGUGCUUAAUGGA